AUGGAGAACCCGACUCAGAAACCGCGCCAGCGAGGCCUCAGCUUCCACAGCAACAAAAGUCGCGACCCGCCCGCGCCAAAGAGCCCAAAGAGUCCUUCCUCCAAGCACGAGCGCAAGUUCAGCGAGCACCUUGACCCCAAUUCAAAGGCGGAUCCAAACAACGCUAUGAACGAGCUACAGCCCAUUGCCGCUGCGCUCGAGAAGCCUACGCUCCAGUCUCUACGCUCAUUCCAGCAUACCGAUUCCUCUGGUAACCCAAUUGUCGAUCCUGAUCUCUCCAACCCCACUCGUUCUAGAUGGGAGCGCCCGCUCGACACGAUCCGCUCUUUCGAAGCCGCCAUUGAUGGCGAAUAUAGGCGUCGGUCGCAGUCUAUGCGCGUCGAUAACACAGACCAUGGAAGCCGACGGAGUAGCUACUAUGGCGGAGGCUACAAUGACCAGAGCCGCCACUCCAAUGCCAGCUACUUUCCUCAGAGGCAAUACGGUCGCGAUAGCUAUGCAGACGGCCACGGCUAUGGCGGACCUGUCGGCGGAGGACCACCACCCCCACGGAUGCGGUACGGCAACCGGAUGCAGUCGGACCCGGGAUGGACCAACAGGCAGAGUAUGCAGGGUGUCUAUCCCGUGAACGGAUACCAAAAGUCCCGCGACACGGUACAUACCAACGGCUCCAAUGGUAGUCAUAGCGACGGUCCAUACUCCAACGACCCCAGCAGCGAGAACAGUUCGAUCGAGCGCGGCGUACCCGUCCAGCCACCCCAGCAAGAUUUGUCAUCGCAAUACGCCUUUAUCAAUAACUUUGGCAGAGGGCCUAUUCUCGAAGAGUUUGGCGAGCGCCCCGGUUAUGAAGCUCCGCCUCCGCCUCCGCCUCAGCAUAACGGCAUGUAUUCAAACGGCUCACCCCCGCAACCCCCGAAACACGCCAUGCAGCCUGCACCAGCGCCCAUCAAAUUGGACAGUGGCAGCGCCCCAGCCUCCGAGCAGACACGGCCCAAGAUUCUGUCCAAGAACAGCAGCAAUGCAGGGGAAAAGCGCAAGAGUUGGCUUAAGAAGCGGUUCAGCAAGGAUUAA